UCUGCCUGUGAGUAUAACGAUUCAAUACAGCAGUUGGCUUAUUUCUUGAAGUCCAAGGACAACAUUAAAACAUCAGCUUUGCAUAGAGGAGCACAAGCCUUCCAAUGGGGCGUUGGAUGAAGCCAGAGGUCUACCCGCUAUUGGCUGCAAUGACCUGUGUAACAAGUUUGUGCAUCUUUCAGCUUACAAGGAACGUUUUCCUGAACCCUGAUGUCAGAAUCAACAAAGCAAAACGUAGCAUGGGAGUGCUAGGAAACAAUGAGGAAGGAGAGAGGUAUGCUGACCAUGGCCUGCGCAGAUUCCUGAGAACUCGCCCACCUGAAAUCAUGCCUGCCAUCAACCACUUCUUUACUGAAAAUAAAUGAACCAAGACCAGCUUAAAUUUUAAUCCCCCUGAAGCUAGCUUGGAUUAUUGGUUAUAUGAUAAUCAUAGCUCGCAACUUACCUUCUUUUUUUUUUAAUAUACAGUACUGUGUGAAAUUGAAUUUGGGGUUGUUAUAAAUGUUAUGAUACGUAGUGGUUUUGGAAUUUGGUUCAUUUGCUAGAGUUUUCAAUAAUGAAAU